CUCAGGCAUAGGGAGUCGGAGAUUUUAUUUCAAGGCAGUCAGGACGGCUUGCAAUCAACAGGACUCGAAGUUGAGCUCAUUCUAUUAUCGAGGGUAUCUCUCCCUAGGUUUGGCCGUUACGACCUCAAUGGUUUCGCGAAAAACGCCUGCGCCCGCUGUAUCUCGCUCUGUGCGGUGGUAAGCUUUAUCGCCGUACUAUGGAGCAUUAUUCUUUUGGGUGGGUUUGUGUUCCAGCGUGAACAAGGCUUCCGAUCAUGCAUCGCGCUAGUUGAGCAUCUUUUAGACCAUGGCAUUUAUCGCCACACUUUGGGCGCAUUUAUACCAAAACUUACACAGCCACUAUUGGCCGGGUUAUCUGUGGCGCACUCCUGGUCACUGGAACGCCACAGGGCUCUCAGGUGGGCUUGCGAUGCUUUAUUACGGUGUAUUUUCAUACUGCAUUCGUGACUGCACGAAAUUCACAUCCCCUCCGUUUCGAUGGUCGAAAUAGCACAGACUCCCACACUGGCGGAACCCCUCUCCGUCCAGAGAGCGCUCAGUGAUCAAUUCGAAGAAGAGGAGUAAGAUCCUGUAAGAUCCUCCCAGACCUUGCUCUCACUAUUCCAUUUUC